AUGUCCGGGUUCAGUUUUGGGUUUUCGGGCGACGAUAUUGAUAUCGAUGACUCAGAUAUCAAUGUUGGUGAGGAAGGAAAUGUUAAUUCUUCUCUGAAUAAUGAUGAUUCACUUCCAGAGCUGGUGGAAGCAAAAAGACAUGAAAUGGGCGAAUGGCUACCAGCUCUCCCAUCUCAAAUAUCAUUUAACAGGCUCUCAAUCAAUGCCUCUCAAGAUGGCACUAAGAGGUCAUUAACUCUUGCCCGUCGAGAGGUUUUCGACAUUCGAACUCAGCUGAUGGCAGAAGACAGCGCUGGGCAAGAUAACGAAGAACUAAUCGCCGGCCUUGAAGAAGGUGACAUUAAGCCGCGUUUCUAUGAAGGUGGUUUCAAGACUUGGGAGUGUGCAUUGGACUUGGCAAAACUGGUCGUCAACGAACAGGGAGGGAUGGGAUCAUCCGAGACUAGCAAUGAGUGGGAUGAGAAUCGUCAUGUUAUCGAGCUUGGUGCAGGAACGGCAAUACCGUCUCUCGCUCUGUUCGCGCAGCUGUUAUCACAGCCAGCACCAGUGGAGUCGACUACGUCUCAACGAAAAACUCAUUUUACAUUUGCGGACUACAAUUCCGCCGUGCUUCGUCUGGUCACACUGCCUAAUCUCCUCCUGACCUGGAACAAUAUCGUGACACGUCAAACUCUGGCAGCUCCUGUGGAUGCGGAUGCAGACAGUACACAGAAGAGUCUAGACCAGGAGGAAGAAUUGGAUAUCACGCCUGAACUUUUGGAAAGCUUCGAAAAAGAUCUCCGCCAGCGAAGUAUCACAGUUGACUUCAUUUCCGGUGCUUGGUCACCCGCUUUUGUCGAUCUGGUUUUCUCUGCCAAUGGACAAGGGACAAGCAAGACUUUGAUCCUUGCGAGUGAGACGAUCUAUUCCCCAUCGGCCCUGGGUAUAUUUUCAGAAACGCUGCUUGCGCUGCUGCGGCGAUCAACCACUGCAAAGUCGAAAAGUCGUAGCUUGAUAGCGGCCAAGAAGGUUUACUUUGGCGUUGGGGGAGGCGUGGAUGAGUUUUUGGCUGUGUUGAGAAGUAUCGACCAGAGCGUGGAAGUGAAGCAGCAAUUGGAUGUCAAGUAUGAAGGCGUUGGGAGGGUGGUCUUGGAGAUCGCAGAAGCUGGGCAAUAA